GUAGAUGGUGGAGCAAUGGAUGAAUUUCUUAAGAAAAAUCGAGUAUCAGUAAAGGAUAAAAUUGAAAAAUUAGUUGCUGGUGGUGCUUGGGGAUUAGAAUAUUUGCAUUCAAAGAAUUGUAUUCAUCGUGAUAUUGCUGCCAGGAAUUGUUUACUUACACAUCAAUUCAUUAAAAGAUCAUUUCUAUUUCAUGUGAAAAUAUCGGAUUUUGGCUUAUCACGUGAAGGUGAUGAAUAUUAUAUGACAAAAGCAAAACGAGUACCAAUUAAAUGGCUUGCACCGGAAACUAUUAAACGGCUUGUUUACAAUUCCAAAACGGAUNUAUUUCAUGUGAAAAUAUCGGAUUUUGGCUUAUCACGUGAAGGUGAUGAAUAUUAUAUGACAAAAGCAAAACGAGUACCAAUUAAAUGGCUUGCACCGGAAACUAUUAAACGGCUUGUUUACAAUUCCAAAACGGAUGUUUGGAGUUAUGGUGUUAUGGUGUGGGAAAUUUUUGCAAAUGCAGAAGAACCAUAUCCAGGAAUGACAAAUAAAGAAGUUAAAGAAAAGGUAUAA